ACGAGCGCCAUAACGGCUUCUGAGCGGACACGAUAGUGGUCGUAAUAUAUAGGCAUUUCCUGUCACCGAGCCUUCAGUAUAAACCGCAACCAUAAUAAGACACCUCGAACGGGGAUAAAGACUGCGGAAGAGACGCCGUGACCCGUAAACCUGCGUCAAAGGUCGGACUGACUCAGGACUCAUAUGGAGCAGUUGGAUAGCGGCAGGGCCUUGUCAUUCUGUGGCAACAACAGCACUGCCUACAGUGUGAAAAACGGCGUGCUGAACAAUCCGUGCUUCGUGGAUGCUCUCAACCUGGUUCCUCAUGUGUUCCUGCUCUUCAUCACCUUCCCCAUCCUCUUCAUUGGUUGGGGCAGUCAGAGCUCUAAAGUCCAGAUCCAUCAUAACACAUGGCUUCAUUUCCCUGGGCACAACAUGAGGUGGAUCCUCACCUUCUUGCUGCUAUUAGUCCACGUCUGUGAGUUUUCAGAAGGCAUCGUCUGUAACAUGAUGAUGGGUACCAACCACCUCCAUCUCUUCAUGCCAGCAUUCAUGGGUUUUGUAGCAGCCACAACAUCAGUCGUUUACUACCACAACAUAGAAACAUCCAACUUUCCCAAACUGCUGCUUGUCCUUUUCAUCUACUGGGUGCUGGCAUUCAUCACAAAGUCCAUAAAGUUGUGGAAGUUUGCCGAGAACAAAGGUGCAGCACAGUAUCUCAGGUUGUACAUCACUGCACUGUUAGUGAUCCUGUAUGGACUUCUGAUGGCCGUGGAGAUCAACGUCAUCAGAGUGAGGAAAUAUGUAUUCUUUGCGAACCCUCAGAAAGUUAAACCACCAGAAGAUUUACAGGAUUUGGGGGUUCGUUUUCUGCAGCCUUUUGUCAACCUGCUGUCAAAGGCGACAUAUUGGUGGAUGAAUCCUCUCAUCAUCGGAGCCCAUAAGAGGCCUAUAGAGCUGAAGAAGAUCGGCAAGCUGCCCAUCGCCAUGAGAGCCCUCACCAACUACCUGCGGCUUAAAGACGCCUAUGAGGAUCAGAGGACACCUGAGGACCCGGAUAGGUCUCCAUCGAUCUGGCGCUCCAUGUAUCGAGCAUUUGGCCGUCCCAUCCUGCUCAGCAGCACCUUCCGCUACUUGGCAGAUCUGCUGGGCUUUGCUGGGCCCCUCUGCAUCUCUGGGAUCGUUAAGCAGCUAAAUUAUGAAAAAGAUGUUCUAGUAGGCAACAACACAACGGUCACCCAUUUCGAGAACUACCAUAUGUCUUCCCAUGAGCUGCUGCAGAACAGCUCCAUCCUGGCUGUUCUUCUCUUCCUGGCUUUAAUCCUGCAGAGAACCUUCCUUCAGGCCUCGUACUAUGUCACCAUUGAAACAGGCAUUAACAUGCGGGGAGCUCUGCUGGCAAUGAUCUACAACAAAAUCCUGCGCCUGUCCACCUCCAACAUGUCAAUGGGGGAGAUGACGUUGGGGCAGAUCAACAACCUGGUUGCUAUAGAAACCAACCAGCUCAUGUGGUUCCUCUUCCUCUGCCCCAACCUGUGGGCCAUGCCCGUACAGAUUGUGAUGGGAAUAAUUCUGCUCCGUCAUUUUAUGGGCUCGAGUGCCUUGGUAGGAGCGUCUGUCAUAGUUCUGCUGGCUCCGGUCCAGUACCUUAUAGCCACAAAGCUGGCAGACACGCAGAAAAUCACACUGGAACACAGUACAGACCGUGUUAAAAAGACCACUGAGAUCCUAAAGGGCAUAAAGUUGUUGAAGCUGUACGCCUGGGAGAACAUCUUCUGUGACAGUGUGGAGGAGACCAGAGGCAAAGAGCUCACCAGCCUCAGGACCUUCGCCUUCUACACAUCCAUGUCCAUUUUCAUGAAUGCUGCUAUUCCCAUUGCUGCGGUUUUGGCCACAUUUGUGACGCAUCACAUCCUCAAUAAAAAAGGCCCCAGUCCUUCUCAGGCCUUUGCAGCUCUGUCACUGUUUCACAUCCUGGUCACCCCGCUCUUCCUGCUUUCCACUGUUGUCAGAUUUGCUGUGAAGGCUCUGGUUAGUGUUCAGAAGCUUGGUGAGUUUCUACAGAGUGAUGAAAUUGGAGACGACAGCUGGAGAAAUGGUGACAUAUCUGUUUCCUUCGAAGCUGGAAAGAAACCCAUGGGGAUGACCAAAGCCAUCAACAGGAAGCAGCCAAUGCGCUACCAAAUGGACAACUAUGAGCAGCCAACCAGGCGACAGAUGAGACCCUCGGAGACAGAGGAUGUGGCUGUAAAGGUCAGGCUCAAAGUUUAUGUGUUAGGGGAAUGUAGUUUACCAUCACCACCUUUUUCAUUUCAUUCUAUCUCAGGUCAGCUGACAAUGAUCGUGGGCCAGGUGGGUUGUGGGAAAUCCUCCCUGCUGCUGGCCAUGCUUGGAGAAAUGCAAGCCAUCGAGGGGGGAGUCUACUGGAGCAAGCAGCCUGAUUGUGAGGUGAUCCACGAGGGGAACAUAAGCAAGAACAGAAACUCUGUUGCCUACGCUGCCCAGAAGUCCUGGCUGCUCAACGCUACUGUGGAGGAAAACAUCACCUUUGGUAGUCCAUUCAACAAACAGCGGUACAAAGCAGUAAUUGACGCCUGCUCUCUGCAGCCAGACAUUGACCUGCUGCCAUUCGGAGACCAGACUGAGAUUGGAGAGAGAGGCAUCAACCUGAGUGGAGGGCAGAGGCAGAGAAUCUGUGUGGCCAGAGCUUUGUACCAAAACACCAACAUCGUUUUCUUGGAUGAUCCAUUCUCAGCACUCGACAUCCACCUCAGUGAUCAUUUGAUGCAAGAAGGAAUCCUUAAAUUUCUGCAGGAUGAUAAACGAACCGUGGUUCUCGUCACCCACAAACUGCAAUAUCUUAUACAUGCAGACUGGAUUAUAGCAAUGAAGGAUGGUACAGUCCUGCGGGAGGGAACUCUGAAGGACAUUCAGACUCAUGACAUUGAACUUUAUGACCACUGGAAAACCCUGAUGAACAGGCAGGAUCAAGGGCUGGAGAAGGACAUUCAGCAGGACAGUCAAACAACACUUGAGAGGAAGACGCUGAGGAGAGCUUUCUACUCCAGAGAGGCCAAGAACCAAAUAGAUGAUGAAGAUGAAGAAGAAGAAGCCGAGGAGGAAGACGAUGACAACUUUUCCACGACCACCAACAGAAGGUCAAAGAUCCCGUGGAAGGUGUGCUGGUGUUACCUGUCUUCUGGGGGGUUCUUCAUGGUCUUCCUCAUGAUUUUCUCUAAACUCCUCAAACACUCCGUCAUUGUGGCGAUCGAUUACUGGUUGGCUAACUGGACGUCAAAAAUCAAUACCAGUACAGAAACAGGAACAGACAUGUAUAUUAAUGGAACCACACCCAUCAACACCACAGUGCAGCGAGGGCAGGACUCCUACUAUCUGCUAGUGUUCAUCAUCUUGUGCGCAGCUGGCAUCACUUUAUGCCUCAUCACCUCCCUCACUGUGGAAUUUCUUGGUCUUUCUGCAGCCACCAACCUGCACCACAACCUCCUCAACAAGAUCAUCCACGCUCCCAUCAGGUUCUUUGACAUCACUCCUUUGGGGCAGAUCCUCAACAGAUUCUCAGCUGAUACCAACAUCAUCGACCAGCAUAUUCCUUCAACGCUGGAAUCUUUGACGAGAUCCACGCUGCUCUGUUUGUCAGGCAUCGGGGUCAUAGCCUCAAUCACUCCUAUAUUCCUGGUUGCCUUGGUUCCCCUGGCUGUGGCCUUCUACUUCAUUCAGAAGUAUUUCAGAGUCGCCUCCAAGGACCUCCAAGACCUCGAUGACUCAACACAGCUUCCUCUGCUCUGCCACUUCUCUGAGACUGCAGAAGGUCUCACCACCAUACGAGCUUUCAGACACGAGGCUCGGUUUAAACAGCGCAUGCUGGAGCUGACCGACACCAACAACACAGCGUACCUGUUUCUGUCUGCUGCCAACCGCUGGCUCGAGGUCCGAACGGACUACCUUGGAGCAGUGAUUGUACUGGCAGCGGCGGCAGCCUCAAUAUGGAGUUUCCAUUACGGGCUUCAUCCUGGAGGUCUGGUGGGCCUGGGCCUUACCUACGCCCUCACUGUCACCAACUACCUGAACUGGGUUGUGAGGAACCUGGCAGACCUCGAGGUUCAGAUGGCAGCUGUGAAGAAGGUCAACAGCUUCCUCAGCACAGAGUCGGAGAACUACGAGGGCUCAAUGGAUGCCUCUCAGGUCCCUGAGAACUGGCCCCAGGACGGUGAGAUAAAGAUCCAGGGCCUGUGUGUGCGCUACGACCCAAUGCUCAAACCGGUGCUCAAACACGUAAACGCAUACAUCAAACCAGGCCAGAAGGUGGGGAUCUGUGGCCGCACAGGCAGCGGGAAGUCUUCUCUGUCGUUGGCUUUUUUCAACAUGGUGGAUAUUUUUGAAGGAAAGAUCAUCAUAGAUGGGAUUGACAUCUGUAAGCUUCCUCUGCAGACUCUCAGGUCUCGACUCUCGAUCAUCCUCCAGGACCCCGUCUUAUUUAGUGGAUCAAUAAGGUUUAAUCUUGAUCCGGAGAAGAUGUGCACUGACGAUCGACUGUGGGAGGCCCUAGAGAUCGCUCAGCUCAAGAACAUGGUGAAAGCUUUGCCUGGAGGACUAGACGCUGUCGUGACAGAAGGAGGAGAGAACUUCAGCGUUGGGCAGCGGCAGCUCUUCUGUUUGGCUAGAGCUUUCGUUAGAAAGAGCAGCAUCUUCAUCAUGGAUGAAGCCACAGCAUCUAUAGACAUGGCUACGGAGAACAUCUUACAGAAAGUCGUGAUGACGGCGUUUGCAGAUAGAACAGUCGUAACAAUCGCACACCGUGUCCACACCAUCCUAACAGCUGAUCUGGUCAUUGUGAUGAAGCGAGGCAACAUCAUGGAGUACGACAAACCUGAGACGCUUUUGGAGCAGGAGGACGGGAUGUUUGCUUCGUUUGUCAAAGCUGACAUGUAGGGACACGCGGGACCCAACGGUGGACAACCUGCUCAGUUUCUUGGGUUUUUUUGUUUUUGUAUUUUUUUAAACCUGAAUUACUUUCUUGUUGAGGUGAACAGCCCUCUGAGAGACUACCCCACUGCAGGGAAGCCAGUAACACACUGUUUCUGCGAGGAGAAGCUUCCCUGUGCACUCACCAAAUGGAGACAGGGUCAGCUGUCAGUCAGUGGGUUUAAGAAGUUGUACUAAAGAAGUCAGGAAGUAAAAGAAGGUGCUUUGGGUAGGCUUGCUAAUCAAUGAGUCCAUCGGUUGGUUCAUCCCGUUUUUUUGUUUGAAUUUAACAAAACCCAAUUACACAAACCACAACAUUAGUAGUAUUUGGACUGGAAAGUGAAAUAAUAAAGAUAUAUCUUAUAUGUGAUGGAUGGCUAAUGCAAACUACAAAUGAAAAUAUUUUCUCACUUGUCUCAUAGAAAGUCUUAAGUUAUUUUUCCGACUUUCAAAAUUUUCUCAAGAUCUAAACAAGAAAAUAAGCAAUAAAUAUAAAUGCUUGCGAAGCUCACAGUAUCAAAAUGGGCAGCCAGGCAAUCUUUCCUGCGCUCUAAGACUAAGAAUAGUGAGAACUGUUAAUAGUUAAUAAAGAACUGAUAAAAAGCAAAGUUAUUUCAUUUUUUAUUGCCAGUAAAUCCCACAAAUGACCAAACCUACUAUAAAAUAUGUAAUAUGUAUACUAAAUAAUGCAACCACAAAUACAAAAAACUACGUCUUAAAAACUGCAGUUGUGGCCACUCGAUGCUGGCUUCGAAAAAUCUCCACAGAUCCUGUGUCAAAAUGUCUAAAUUUACAAAAGAAAUGAACAUGUUGAUGAAAAACGUGUAUCUCAGAUCGGUUGCCUGCAGUUGCUAGGUGAAAUCGGCCAAAAGAGGUGUACAGAGCUGCACUGAAAACCUCUGUGGUUGCUUUGGUCUGUAUCAGAUUGCUGCGGUUGCAGGUUGUGCAGCAGUGAAACUGUGAGGAAUGUGAUGAAGACAUUAAAUGACGACUGUUCACCUUCAAAGUAAAAGUUGUUCCUUUUGAAACGUGUUGGUUUUGGCAGUAAGGCACAACUUGCCAAGACAAGUCAACAUUUCCAAUGCAAAUCUUCAAUUCUAUUGACAAAACAAAUGAAUCAGGGGCAACUUGGAGUUCAGCAUCUCGCUCACUUUUGACAUGCAGACUAAAUGAGCCAAGAAUCAAACUACCAACCUUUUGAUUGGUGGACAACCUGCUCCUCCUCCUGAGCUAAAGUUGGCCAUAUGAUAGAUGUCUAGGACUAUACGACACAUUUAAAUUGCAUAUAUGUUUAAAGUUAGGCAAUACUAGAACUAGAACUAGACAUCUCACCCAUGUUUAUGGCUUUGGUACCUUUUGGAUCUGAUGAGCAGAUUUUUCUAUGUUUGAUUAAACUUGUGGAUGCACUUUUCUAACCAAGCUAAUAAGCACUAGCUGAUAGCUUUUGGCUCCAUAAAAUGUCAAGAUAAUGCUAAAGCCAUGACAUCAUUAUUGUUAUAACUACCAUAUUUAUAUAAAAUCUCUCUGAGAGCACCGAAUAUGGAUUACCUGCCUUAACAAAUGCACUGUUACCUCUUUUUAACACAUUUUUUACACCGUUUUAAAUGGAUUUGAAAGGUUUUUAGGUUAGAGUAUUAAGACAGAGGCUUAUGUUUGUUGGUCUUUUCAUGGGAUUUGUAGACAGUAGGAAAUACAUUCAGUUUAUUAAAUAUAAAUUAUGGCUUUGAGAUUUUAUUUCAGGCGUUGAGGCUGUUAAAAGUGUAAAAUGUAAAGAUUUAAUAGUUGGAGAGUGAACAGAAGUGUUGUUUCAUAUUAAUAGAAUUUUUACAGUCUUUAAUUAUCUUGUGUAAAAUAUUUGUUACUUUUUAGAUCAUGCACCACCUCUGUUUAUAUUGACUAGCACCUGUAUUAUGCAAUAAUAAUGAUGGAAGAAUUUUUAAAUGUAUUUAAAAUCCUUUUUAAAAAUGACUGUUGGCUCUUUGGCCAUUAUUUUUCUGAAUAACGCAGUGGAAGGAUUUUAAAUCGACCCUUUUGUAUUCUACUCUACUUUUUGACCUUAAGUUCUGCCAUAGAGGUAACACUGAUAGAAAUGACAAAGCUGAUGGAAUCAGAUGGUUUUAUUAACCAGUUUAAGAAUGCAUUUAUAAUGAUAAAUAACACAGCUGAUUGUUGUGGCCGUUCUUUGACUGAACAUGUGUUGACAUUUUUCACGAGAUGCCAAAAAUGAGACGUCACAAAAUACCAACAGGAGUUUCCCAAGUGAAGGCUGGAUACUCUAUUUCUGGCCUACGUCUCCUUCCUCCCUGCUCUAUCAGAUGUACGUCUAUGCCUCCAUUAGUACAAACACUGUAAGGUGUCACGGCUCAGCCUGCAGCCAGUGAACCUGCUGUCUGUCUGCGGUCAUGCUUUGCUGAACUUUUUAUCCUCGGGGACAAUAGAUACCCAGCAUGCCUCCCGUUAACUCCAGAGAUGCUUCAUGGAUGUUUGAGAGGGCAGUGAUGUCUUUUCUUUUUUUUACUGAGGAAGAGCAGUAACUUGCAGUAACUUAAUAAUCAGUUCUAGGGGCUGAAAUUUAGAGCUACAUCAAUCUCUAUUUUGCACAUUAAUAAUGCAAGAUUGGUAACAAAUCGGAUGAAACCAAAUUAGAGCUCAUCGGAGAGAAUGAAUUUUAGAGAGUGAAAUUUAGCAUUCACAAGGUGAACAUAAAGAGGAGUCCACAUAGUAAAAAAGAGCUUUUGCAUAUGGGAACUAGAUUUAGAUUUAAUGUUUUCAUGUGGCUUUGUUUAAAGUGUCCAUUAAACUAGGAGAGUUCAUUUUCUGCUGAAAAUCCUGUUAGAGGCAGACACUUUGUCUCUGCAUGCAGAGUUAUGAAGGCAUUUUACAUGCGUCUUCAUAACCAUAAGCCACCUUUAAAAAUGAACAUUUGUUAUAUGAUUUCUUUCAUCUGUACAAAAAAGUUGUAAUGUUGGCUAACUGAAAUCCUAAAAAAGCUUGUUGAUGGUUUCUCGCUCGGCAUGUAUAAUUCAACUUGUGUGGAUCAGGUCUCCUGAAAUUUAAACUGUAGGAUGAUGUUGUGAGCUGUUGUACAUGUGUAAAUGUGAUUUUAGUCCAUUGCUAGGUGGUUGAUAGGCAAUGUAAUGGCAUCACAAUAUCUGACAUAGAUAAGAACCUUUGGGGGCCGGAGGUGUACCUGUGAGCCAAGUUUGUCUGCUGACUUCUGAUGCUCUCGGAGGGGUUUGUGGACAAAGAAUCAAACACACAGCAGAGAUGCCAGAGUCCUUUCUUUUGCAUUGAAAGAAAAAUAUUUGGGAGACAGUAUCUCGUAAUUAUGACUGUUAUCUCCCAGAUAAAAGAAAACUUCUCAUCAUCACAAGAUAAUGUACAAUAAUAGAAAAAUGCCACAGAAACGUGCCUGACAGUGUUCACACUGUGCAGUGGGACAGGAAAUGGAACCGCUUCAUAAUGUGCUUGGGAACUGUUGUGUUUUUAAUCAUUUUGAGAUUUAAUAAGCAAUUUAGUGAUGGUUCUUGCUUCUGUUGGUUUCAAAUAAUAGAGCUAGUCAAGAUUCCUUGUCACUGUCACUACAAUGCAAGUUUUCAUAUAUAAACUGCAGAAGUCGUCCCUUUCUGCAGUUUAAAAACACACGCAACAUGCAUAUCAAUGAAUGGCUAUUUAAUUAAUAGGCAGGCUUUUUGAAUAUAUAAAAUGUCUUAAAUAUAAAUGUUACCCAAAGGAAACCAGCUCAUUGCCAUCACAGUGAAUCCAUUUGCGCUGCUACUCCUGUGCUCGCAAACAUAAAAAUGACUGAUCAACACUUACGGGUCUCAAAUUAAGUGAUAAUAAAUCAUACUCGUGAGCCGAAGUCUCAGCUUUUGGGUGAUAUUUUCAGUGCACAACAAUAUGUAGUUACAGCUCAGCAUUCAGUGCAUUUCUUUGGAAUAUCUUUUCUAACCUCUCUGGGAGCGGUGCUAUUGUCCCUUUAUAUUAUUGUAUAUUGAUUAGACUUACUUUGCUUUUGGACUAAAAUUUGAAACUUUGUACUGUACAGUGUUGAAUGCCAAACAUGAUUUUUCCGCCUUUUCUUGUUUAAAUAUCUUACAUGUUUCAUCUCAAGAAGUUGUCACUUAAGCUUUUGAACUUUGUGGUUUCUCUCAUUUUAUAACUUGUUUUAAUAUAACACAACAAGAUGACACGUGAGGUUUACCGUCACACUUGGUGAUCACAAGCUUCGCCUGCACUUUUCUUUCCCCUGACAGCUUUAACUGUAACACUGAAUGUCUUUGUUGUUUUAUAGCUUUAUAUUCUGUCCCUGCAGUUCUUCCAAGUCCUCGUCCGUCUCCUCUGUUAGCGAUCGAGUGCUCUUCCUCUUCUUUGUUCCUCGUUCAGCAGAACUUUUUAUGCUCUUGGCCACCGUCACACUCAUAAAUCCUUUGUUUUCCUUGCUGUGCUUCCAUGCUGCUCCUGUUCUGAACCUGCACACAGCUGCCUUGUAAACUCAUCCUCUCACACCCCAAACCACUUUUUGUCUUCGAAGCUGACAUUUUACACCAAGAGCAAAAAAGCAGUGGUGCCAUUUUUCCACGUUACACUUUGCACAGGAUUUUUCACUGAAAGAAUGUCUCUUUUCGAACAGGUUUCACUUGUGUUUUAGUUUCUGGUAACAAACAAGUACAUAAAAACAGCGAACGGGUGGAAAUGUAAGGGAACUGCAUGUAACUCAUUGUCGGAGCUAUGCAGAGAGCUUUACUUGCUUUCAUGAAGUUGACUGUUAACAGAGAGCAUCUUAAAUACUGACAUCUUUCUCACAGAUCAGUUUGGAGAUGGUCAUUUUUUUUUCUGUAUGUACAUUCUGUCUGUAGUAGCCUGUAUAGCCAAGGGUUUAAACAUAUAUAUAUUAAACUGCUAUUAUUAUGUGUGCCUGAUUUCUUUUCUUUUUUUUUUCACACUUGUAAUAACAAUAAAAUGCUUUU